AUGGAUGGCGCGGAUUGGAUAAUAUGGCUCGACUCUAACCAACGUCGUCAGCGAGCACACGGCAAAGUUGCCUCCGACACGCCACCACUCUCAUCACUGUCCGCACCACUCCUCCUCCACAAGGCUGUUCUCGUCGUGGUGCGUGCAUGUGGUAGAGAUGAGAUGGUAGUGCUUGCUCACCAUGUUGCCUGGAGAUUGGCUGUUUCGGUUGCGGUCACUCAGGUGGCCACAAUGCCAUGGCCGGGCGGACUUGUCUCAGAGCUGAUGCCGUCACGGAAGUUCCGUGAUGUCGAGGAGACUGUUUAUUUCCCCACACCACCAAUUUUAACACGACGAUGA